AUGCCAGCCUCAUCUCCUUUCUUACUAGCCCCCAAAGGGCCCCCGGGCGACAUGGGGGCCCCUGUCCGAGAGCCGGCACUCUCAGUUGCUCUCUGGUUGAGUUGGGGGGCGGCUCUGGGGGCUGUGGCUUGUGCCAUGGCUCUGCUGACCCAACACGCAGAGCUGCAAAGCCUAAGGAGAGAGGUGAGCCGGCUACAGAGGACUGGAGGGCCCUCCCAGAAGGGGGAAGAGUAUCCCUGGCUGAGCCUCCAGGAGCAGAACUCUGACGCCCUGGAAGCCUGGGAGGAUGGGGAGAGGUCCCGGAGAAGGAGAGCAGUGCUCACCCAGAAACAGAAGAAGAGGCACUCAGUUCUGCACCUUGUUCCCAUUAACAUCACCUCCAAGGAGGAUUCUGACGUGACAGAGGUGAUGUGGCAACCAGCUCUUAAGCGUGGGAGAGGCCUGGAGGCUCAAGGCUACGUUGUCCGUGUCUGGGAUGCUGGAGUUUAUCUGCUGUAUAGCCAGGUCCUGUUUCAUGAUGCGACUUUCACCAUGGGUCAGGUGGUGUCUCGGGAAGGCCAGGGAAGGCAGGAGACUCUAUUCCGAUGUAUAAGAAGUAUGCCUUCCAACCCGGACCGGGCCUACAAUAGCUGCUACAGUGCAGGUGUCUUCCAUUUACACCAAGGGGAUAUUCUGAGUGUCAUAAUUCCCCGGGCAAGGGCAAAACUUAGCCUCUCUCCACAUGGAACCUUCCUGGGGUUUGUGAAACUGUGAUUGUGUUAUAAAAGGUGGUUACGAGCUUGGAACACCAGGGUGCGUACAUAUUGGAGACAGCCAAAAGCGUCUAGACAAAGGACAGGCAAUGGGCAAGAAUAGAGGCCUCUUCCUGUGUUGGACUUCAUGACCCUCUGUUCCUCCCUUUUCCCUUCCCACCCCCAAGUUUUGAUUUCAUAGACAACUUGCUUUUAUCCCCCAUCCAGCCCCAAAUUCGUGUGCGCGCGCGUGUGUAAGCGCGGGUGGGGGUGGGGUGCCAGGCACCGUCCAGGCCGGCUUCGGGUCGUCCACUGGAAUGCAUCCAGAACAGCAGCACCAUCUAGCGGUAGUUUGAGGGACCCAUCGUAGGGAAAA